GAUCACUGAGGUUGUUUUCUCGCUUCGGCUGCUUUCUCUCUUCGAACGGCAACAUAGAGAUUUCUUUCUUCCCUCAUUCGAAUCGGCACUUGAAGCAGAUCGGCGACAGAGAGUCUUCCUUCCCUCUUUCCCCCACGUGCGGUUCUUCUUUAAUCUACGAACUAGAUCAGUGAAGGCGACUCCAAAUCCGAGUAGAGUUUUCACAGAAGUGAUCCUCUAUUGAUCUGGAAGGAGGCGAUUCUUGCCAUCUUCUUCACAUCCAUCUGUGGAAGUUUUUCUCUAUUUCGAAUCACGCCCAUUCUCGCCGUUUUCUUCAGUUCAAUCCAAGAAUAUUCUCGAAUCUAAUUGAUCUGGAAGGAGGCAAUCGAACACCUUUGCUGAUCGACUUAUGUGUUUGAACUGAUAUUAUCUGGUAUGAUGGCUACUCGUUGAUUGGUGGUUCCAGCACUCUGGUUAGCGAUUAAAAUUCUUAGUUCCAGAAUCUCUGUUCUUCUCAUUCGUGGGAGCAAACUGAUAUCAAUGGAUAAUCAGUGAGACAAUAGUCGUGGGCUGGCGUAACCAGAGCUAAGUACUCCUAUUCAGAUUACGGUUUUUUAGUUGCAUAUUGAAUAUGGCUAGUAAAGCUGUAGCUGUAGAAUUAAGUAGAACUGAAAAACUUAAUGGAACUAAUUAUCCAAUCUGGAAAAGGAGGAUUAGACAGAUACUGGCACAAGAUUGUUUAGAUUACAUAUUAGAUGAUGAUAUUCCUCCAGUUCCUAGUGAAAAUGCCACUCUUGCUGAAACUAGAAAACAUAAUAAAUAUGAAAAGGAUAAUAAGAUAGCUCGUUCUACUAUUCUGACUUUUAUAGAACUUGAUAUUGAAAUGUUAUUUGAAGAAUAUAAAUAUGCCAAAAAUAUGUUUGAUGCUGUUACUGAAACUUGUGGGAAGGUUACUGAAUCUUACAUCCAGUUAUUGAUAGAAAAAUUUUAUGGUUUUGCAAUAAAAGAAGAUGAUCCUAUUGUUGAAAAUGUUAACAAAAUGAUUGUAAUAGCUAAAGAAUUAGCAGCUGUAGGAAAUUCCAUCCCAGACAAAGUACAAUUAUCUACAAUUCUACAUAGUUUACCUAAAUCUUGGGAACAAGUAGCUAUAUCCCUUAACCUCUCUGGCCAAAACAUCACUAUGCAGAAUCUCCCCAUGUUACUUGCUGUUGAGGCUAAGAGAAGAAAUAAAAAGAAUAACUCUCAAGCCUUAGUUACUAAACCCACUCCAUCUGAACCAACUAAAUCAAGUGAGAAGCCUAAACCUAAAUUUCAGAAGGGAAAAGGAAAGUGGUUCAAAAAGACUAACUUUAAUAAAGGAAAAAAGAAUGUGAUUUGUUUCAACUUUGGUGCUCCGGGGAACACCAAAUAUAAUUGCUCCAAAAAGAAACAAAAUCCUGGUACUAACACCAAGGACAUAAUUUGUGUGGUUUCAGAGUCAUUCAUAGUUGAUUCUGACUCGAGCUCUUGGUGGAUUGAUUCCGGAUCAUCUCAACAUGUUGCAAGAUCCAAAGAAGCUUUCCUUGACUUGAAAGAGAUGCAACCAGGCUAACAUAAAUCAUUUAUGGGAAACAACUCUUAUUGUGAUGUCCUAGGGGUAGGGAUUGUGAAAAUUCUUGUAAAAGAAGAGACCAAUUUUAUUCUAUCUGAUACUUUGUAUGUUCAUAGCCUUAGGAAGAAUCUUAUUUUUGUACCUCGUCUUGAUGAAAAGGGGUUUGAAGUCCGUUUUAGGAAUGGGGAAGUAUCCAUAGGGAAACAUGGGAGAAUUCUUUUGUGGGGAACUAGAGAAGAUGGUUUGUAUCGAUUGAAUGUUAAUAAUAAAAUUGCCAAUGCUUCUGUUUAUAUUGAUUGUGUUUUCUCUAUUUGCUUAGAUUCAUAUAAAUGGCAUUUAAGACUUAGCCAUAUGAAUAGGGACAAAUUAAAGAGGAUGUGUGACAAUGACUUGUUACCAAAAAUGAAUAUAAACUUUAAGACAUGUGAACCUUGUUUAAAGGGAAAAAUGCAUAGAAAACCAUUUGGAAAGGCUAAAAAAUCUGAAGAAAUUUUAGAAAUAAUACAUUCUGAUGUUUGUGGACCAAUUAAUGUGAAAACCUAUAGAAAGAUGGAAUACUUUGUAACCUUUAUAGAUGACUACUCAAGAUACGGUUUUAUCUAUUUGCUAAAUAAAAAAUCUAAAGUCCUAGAAAAAUUCAAGGAGUUUAAAACCUUAGUUGAAAAUCAAGUAGGAAAGAAAAUGAAAAUACUUAGAAGUGAUAGGGGUGGAGAAUACACCUAUGAAUUGUUCAAUGAUUAUUGUUUAGAAAAUGGAAUCUUACAUCAGUUGACUAUCUCUUACAAACCCCAACAAAAUGGGGUAGCUGAAUGGAGAAAUAGAACCCUCCUAGAUAUGACAAAGUCCAUGCUAAGCCAUUCAAACUUAGGAAAUCAUUUUUGAGGGGAAGUAAUAGCCACAACAGUCUAUAUUUUAAAUAGAGUCCCAACAAAAAUCAAUAAACUAACUCCUUAUGAACUUUGGAUAGGAAGAAAACCUGAUCUUACAAAUAUGAAAAUUUGGGGAUCCUCUGCUUUUGUAUGGGUACCAAAUCAACUUAGAAAUAAGUUA